AUAGUACACAACAAUAAUGAUAGAUAUCUACGGUUAAACCCUAAACAAUCAUACUACAACUAGUGCACAACAAUACUCCUAUCUGACUAACCUUCCGCUCUAAUACACAUUCUUCAAAUCUCCCAAUAUAAAAUCAUGUCAUCGGCAAUCUGAAUAUCUAUUUUAAUUAAUCAAAUAAUUUUAAUUUUAAAAAUAUCCGUUUAAUUUUAUAUUAAAUUGUCUACAUUCUAGAGCCCAAAAACUUGCCCAAUUCAACCCCCCCCCCCGCCCGCCUCCCAGCCCACCAAAAAACUAGCCUAGUUAAUUAAAUCUUGAUCUUUUAGAUCAAACAAAUAAAUUGAUCAAAGAAAACCCCUUUCAAGAAACCAAAAAAUUACAUAAAAAUCAAAUCUUUCAUCAUUCUCCAAGAAUUUGCUAAUUUCCAACACCCCAAAAAACCCAAAGAGCAAAAAAAAGCAAAUGGGGCAUCAAAACAAUGGGAAAGGAAAGAAAGAAGAAGAAAUGAAGAAGGAAAGAGUAGUAGAAGAAGAAGAAGUUGAAGAAGGUGGUGAAGAAGGUGAACAUGAUGAACAAGAUGGAAUGUCUGUUCAUUCUCCUUGUAAACCUGCUUCUUCUGCUCUUCGUAAGGAGCAAUCACAAGUGGAAUUGGAGAUUAGAUUGUUGGAGGCUCUUGAAAUCUAUCCCCCUGCCAAAUUGAGAGGCAUCCAUCGUCAUUUUGUCCUUUACGGCUUAACAGAAUAUCUGCGUAGAAGCUUCAAUAGGCAUUUUGCUCCUGAUGAUGUUUUGAAGCUGCUGGAUCGCUUCUACAACUUGGAAAUGGUGAAACCAGAUGAUGAGGAUGCAGAAAUCCUAAAUCAAGAGGAAGAGUUUUGCCUGCCGCAUAGUUAUUUCUCGAAGGAGGAACCUUGAACAAGUUCGGAAUCAAUGUGGAUAUUGAACUUUAACAUAUGGCAGCUUUUGUAUAGUAGUAACAGGUUGUUAAAUUUUUGUUUUUUGAUGCCAUAAUCAUUCUGCAUCUUCUGUUGGAUCUUCCUUCAACAGGCAGUCUUGUAUGCUUGCUGAGAAUUGAUUUCAGCUUCCUAAUACAGUUGACAUGUUUAAAAAUUUUCUCUGAGAGACCUAUCCGGUCAAUACUCUCAGCGUAAUUGGUAAAA